UUAGCUUUUACCAACUUUCUCCAACGGCAGACGACACGAAAACAUUUGUUACAACGUAGCGAAAGAAAAAAUUAUCCUUUUUGAAGGUCGGAAAUGUUGAGAUCCUCGUGGCGCUCCAAUUAGUUGGCACUAUAGAGCGCUGAGUAUGAAUUGUGACGGCUUUGCCGAGUUGGAGAAAAGUCGGAUAGAUUACCGCAGUUACAGGUAUAUCGAGUUGGACAAUGGCCUGAGGGCCAUAUUAGUGUCCAACCUAAAGCCUGGGGAGGAAGCACCCGAUGACUCCUUGCCUGAUUCAGAUCUUGAAAGUAAUAGUUCAGAAAGCUUGGAAGACGAAGAUGUUGAUAUUGAAGAAAACGCUAUUGGCGAUCAGGAGGCGAAGGCAAGAUUUAAUUAUAUAUUUCCCGUUGUUUUGCGAAUGUGAAAAAACUAUGCUUUCUUACCUACCAUGUUAAACGGUAUCCUCAAGAGACUUUAGUUUUUGAGUUUACAGCCAAAAUAGGAAAUAUUUUAAUGUGGAGAGUACAUUGUGUCGUAGGUUACUAGAAAUUGCUUCACAUAGCUAUAUCCUUAUUAAUAAUGACAGAACGUAAGACCAUGGUUUAUUAGCUAAUAUUAUAAGCCAUGUUUAAUGAGAUUUUAAACAGUUGAAUUGCAAAAUUUUCAGAAUUAAUAUUCGGAGUUUCUUGUCACAACAAAUUCAAACACAACAUAAUGACCUAAUUAGCAGCGUUAUGUAGCUUGAUCAUAUUUUCACCAAGUUUAGCGAAUAAUGCGUAGUGAAAGCCUCUCGGGAUAAUUUGUCGAUAGCAUUUGGAAAUAAUUCACCAUGAUAUCCUCAAAGGUAAGAAUUGUGGGUCAGGUCUCUCUUGUUAAACUGCAACGAGUAUGAACGUCUGGAUUAGAAACUAAAUGUCCCACCAUAAUGUUCUAAUCGUUAACGUUAAUUGAAUUUCUACUACGUCGAUCAGUCGUAUAAAACAAGUCACUGUCUAUGAUUUAAAACGUUAAUAUAAAACCACUACUUAUUAAAAGACUGACAGUAGCUGUGAUAAGUGUCCUGAUACGCUUCUACUGGGAUUAGUUUCUAAGAUGUAAUGUUCAGACCAUCUAACCAGAGUUCUUAAGCUAAUUUAUAUUUCAUAAUUGUCACUGCGUAUUAUUCUUUAUUCGUCAACAAUAUCUGAAAAUAAAAGGAGUAAUUAUUUGAAUUUCUGGUCAUUAGUUGAUACAAAACAAAAAAGUAAAUGACAUUGCUUAAUUUGUUAGGAUUCACUGUCUUUAAUGGGUUUCCCACGUAAAAGUGUUAUGUCUACCACAAAUUUCUAUCCUAUUACGCAGGAAAUACUUGAUUUAAGCAAAGAUAUGUAAUGUGUUCAAAUUUAGCUUUACGUAUGGUCCAAUAUUAGACAUCAAGACCUCUUCAAAGGUCAGUAUACACCACCUCAGUGGAUUUGUUAGUAUCUAGCCCAAACCUUAAAUCACAAACAGGACAAAACUCCUACUUGACUGAUUCGUUUAUCUCUAAUCGUAACUCCUAAACUGACAGAAUGAUAGUUUGAUUCAGUAUCCCAAUUUUAUAUUUCAAAAAUAAGAAUAACUGCAGGAUCUUUAAAGUGAUAAUCCAUGGCCAACAUCCGUCAGCAGUAAACAUUAGUUCCAUCACCGGGGAACUAAUGAUCCAGUUGUGAUAUGGAUUUCUUUCCAGGAAAAGCUUCACUGACACUCGGCAUAAUUUCAACGUUGCUUGGUUUGGAUUCUCUUAGAGUAUCUUAAUUCUCGUACCUCAAAAACCAGUGAUUUCACUUAUUUCUUCUAGCUCCCUUGUGGGAAAGCAAUCAUUGUAACUUGGUGUCAAGGCAUCUUUAUGCUAUCUGCCUUUUUGUACACGAUGAAACCUUUUGAAUAGUUAAAGGUAGUUAGUUUAUUGUUUUGAUAAAUUUUCCAAGAAUCAAAAGAGCUUUAGUGACAGUCAGUCGUGUGUUUGAUAAUUCCGCAUUCUAAUUAUUAAAGCGGUAUAUAUGACUGUGCCAAUAGUUUUCUUCAUAAUAAAAACCGUUAUCAAACAAACUGCAUCAAUCAUACUUACUUUAGCCACUUAAUACUGAAACCCUUUUAUUGUUAUUCAGGUCAGCUACAUUCUAAUCUGGGUGUUGAAAGUGCUCACUAUUUUUGUAGCCUAAUUUGUAAUAUGUUGUAUUUUGAAUUCCUCAGUCUGCUGCUGCGUUGUGUAUUAAAGUGGGAAGUUUCUCAGAUCCAAUAGAAGCUCAGGGCUUAUCACAUUUUUUGGAGCAUAUGGUAUUUAUGGGUAGUUUAAAAUAUCCAACAGAGAAUGAUUUUGAUGCAUACCUUAGUCAGCGGGGUGGAACUAAUAAUGCUUGGACAGGGAAUGAAUACACUUUAUUCCAUUUCGAUGUGAAACGUAAACAUUUUGCUAGUUGUCUCGAUAAAUUUGCCAACUUCUUCAUUUCACCACUUUUAAGCAAAGAUAGCACAGAUCGUGAGAUAAAUGCUGUUAAUAGUGAAUUCGAACUGGCAUACACCAAGGAUUCUUCACGACUUCACUAUUUAAUUGGACAUUUGUCUCGUAAAGAUUCUCCCUACAAACUGUUCGGUUAUGGCAAUUGUAAAUCGCUGCGUGAAAUCCCGGAACAAAAUGGUACUGAUAUUUAUUCACUUUUGAAUAAACAUCGAAAGAAUUUUUAUUCUUCUGAACGAAUGACACUUGCUGUACAGUCGAAACAUCAUUUAGACGACCUGGAAGUACUAGUACGAAAAAUUUUCUCUGAUAUACCAAAAAUUGGACUACCUGUAACAAACUUACAAUGUGUUGAACCUUUCGAUGUUAAUUCAUUUGCUAAAUUAUACAAAGUUUGUCCUUUGAGUGUAAAGGAGAAGUUACGUAUUGUUUGGAUUCUUCCACCACUAAUUAAUCAUUAUGAAUCAUCUCCAAUGGAAGUAUUAUCUUCUCUUAUUGGUCAUGAAGGUAGAGGAAGUGUAUUGGCUUUACUUAAAAAAGAAAAUCUUGCCGUUUCACUUAGCGCGGGUGUUACUUGUACAUCAGAUUUUGAUAAUUCUAGUUUAUGUACGAUUUUUACGGUUAAUAUUCAGCUUACUGAUUAUGGUCGUGAUCAUAUUUUCCAAGUUUGUGGAAUAUUAUUUGAUUAUAUAAAAAUUUUACUGCACUCAGCGUUAACUUCUACAUCGAUAUCUUUAAUGAAUGGUGGUUUAGAAGGUAAUAAUAAUGAUAAUGGUGAACGCGUUCAUACAGAUCACUGUCAUAAGCAUACAUUCGCUACAUAUCUACCAGAAUAUCAAAUGGUUAAAACAGCUAAUUUUUUAUAUACAGAACCGGAAGAAGCUGAAGAUACAGUAGUUAAUCUAGCCAAUAUGUUACAUCUUGUUAAAUGUGAACAUGUUUACUCUGGUUAUAGGCUAUUGAAAAAGCCAAAUAUAGAAUUGUACAUUGAGCUACUGAGAUUGAUGACACCAAAUCGUGCAGCUAUAUUCUUUCUGUCAUCAACAUUUGCAUCUUCAGUGAAAGAUGAUGAAUCAAGAUUAGAACAUGAACCAUGGUUUAAUGUGGCUUAUCAAAAAGAAGAUAUACCUGAACAUAUUAUGAACGGGUGGAUCCAUUCAAAACCAGACGAUAAACAAUUACAUCUUCCGUAUGAAAAUAAAUUUUUGACAACGGAUUUUAGUUUAUUGGAUUCGAAAACUGAUAUGAAGCAACCUGUAGAUCUAAACUUGGAGCCUGGUGCAGAAUCACGUUUAAAAUAUGGUCAUUUAUGGUUUCAACAAAGUACUCGUUUUAAAUGUCCUAAAGCUUCUGUAAUGAUUCAUCUUUGGUCGGAUAUUGUAUCGAAGACAAAAGAAAACAUGGCACUGCAUACAUUAAUGGUUUAUGGCUUAAAUCAGUCAUUGAGUACAAUCACCUAUGAAGCUGGUGAAGCAGAUUUAGUACAAGAUGUAGCGUUUCGUGAUAAUGGCUUACGUAUUUGUGUUAGCGGUUUUAGUGAAAAACUAUUUUAUUUUUAUUCAACUAUACUUAAUCAUAUAUUGGAUCAAACUCAAGAUUUAUCUAAAGAAUAUUUUGAAUCAUAUCGUGAUGCUGUACUUCAAAUUUAUUAUAAUGAAGCCCUUAAACCAAAUGUACUCAAUACUCAUCUUCAAUUUUAUCUUCUUCGUAAAGAAGCUUAUCUAAUUACAGAUAUAUUGAGUGCACUGAAAAAUUUGUCAGUAGCUGAUCUUGCUGCAUAUAAACAAAAAUUUUUGUCCACUUUACAUAUUACUAUCUAUGCUUAUGGUAAUAUAACAAGACAGGAUGCUAUUUCUUUCUUUGAUUAUACAGUGGAGAAGAUUCAACCUAUCCCUAGAUCCACAAGAAAACUGUUUGAUACCUCAAUCCUAGAUCCGGGUACAUAUUAUUUACGUGUUAUGAAUUGUAAUCCAAACGAUGUAAAUAUGUGUCUAGCUAGAAUACAUUUACUUGGUGAAUCCGAUAUUAAACAACAAUGCUAUAAUAAACUAUUGGCAUUUAUAUUAUCUGAACCGGCUUUUGAUUAUCUGCGUACUAAAGAAACUUUAGGAUAUACUGUUUAUCUUCGAUAUUGGCGAUCAUCUCCUGGUGGUACAUUACAUUCAGGUAUCAGUUUAGUAGCAUAUAGUCCAGCUAAUAAAUAUUCUAUUGAUUAUGUCGCUGGAAGAUUGACUGCUUUCUGGCGUCGAAUAGCUCCAAGAAUUAUUGCUGCUAUGCCAUCGGAAACAUUUAAAACGUCUGUAGAAUCAUUGAUAUCUGUGCAUCAAUUAGAAGAUCCUAAUAUGAUGACCGAAUUUGAAAGAAACUGGGAUGAAAUUAUGGAAAGUACAGCAAAUUUUAAUUAUCGUGAAGAAUGUGUAAAAAUUUUAUCAACUAUUACUCAAGAAAGUUUAUUGAAUUUCUUCUUAACAGAAUAUUUGGAUGCUAAAAAACAACGUUCUUUAUUUGUACAGGUUGAUGCAAUUGCCAAUCCAGAAUUGACUACAACUACUGUCUCCAAUUCUUAUUGUUUAGAUUUCAAUACAAUAGACACAAAUUUGGAAACAUUAAAAAAUGAAUAUGCCAGUAUAAACAGUAUUGAUAUAGCUAACGCUUUGAUGAUAUGUGGUUAUGAUGAAAAAGAAGCAAUGAAAUUUAUGAUGAAAUCAUAUUCUAAUACUAAUAAUAACAGUAAUACAAUUGAUAACAAUCUACUAUUGGAACAUGAAGAAAAUGAAUCAGAUAAACAAAAGACUAUGAUUUUUAUAAAUAAUUUGUUUAAAUUUCGUUCAACUAUUCAAUAUCAAACUGGUCGAAAUGUUUAAUAAUGACUGCCAAAAAAGAAGAGAAUAAACUUUAACUUCAGAUGGUGUAAUGUAUAACAUGUUCUUCUUCUUUUUUUUUUUAAAGAAACGUACAUUAUUAGUAUAGCCCAUUUUCUUUGCUUUAUCAUCAACACGAUGAUAAUUCACGCUUCCUACGUCUACAUGAUGUGAUUACAAAUAACUUGAUUACUAUGUAUGUGUGUGUGUUGGGGGAUGCCAUGGUGAUGAAUUCAAAUUUCGCUAUAUUUAAUAGGCUUGUAUUGGUAGUUGUUCUUUUUUUUAUUCCUUAUCUUUGUACUAAACCUAUUCAUGGUUCUCGUCUUUUCAUUUAUAUUUGUACAUAUGUUCAUGUGUACUAUUGUACCGUUGAUGAAUAUAUAAAUUUGAUAGGCAAAUAUAUGCAUACAUUUGACAAUAAA